UAGAAUAGUCUAGAGAAUGAGCCCAAAACUAAUAAGGCCCAAAACAAUUUAAGGAUGUGCCAGCAGCUUCUUUCCGUACCACCGAUUAUUUUCCCAAUUUCAUCACAAUUUAAACCCAAAAUCUCGUCUUCCUUCUCGAUUCAUCUUUCCCGGAGAAAGCAGCAUAAGACAACAAUGGCAGCAAGACAGGCAUUCAGAAACGUCUCACGCAGGUUCUCAAGCAGUGGCAAAAUACUUAGUGAGGAGGAAAAAGCUGCAGAGAAUGUCUACAUCAAGAAAGUCGAGCAAGAGAAGUUGGAAAAGCUUGCACGCAAGGGCCAACAAGCUGGAGGUUCAUCAACAAGCUCAGGUGGUUCUGGUGCAGGUGCAGGUUCAGGUUCAGGUUCAGCAAGCGGGUCAACUGCAUCAUCUACCUCCACAGGUGGGGUAUCAACAGACAAGAACAAGAACUAUGUUAUUGUAGCUGGUGUGUUGACUGGUAUUGGUGCUCUUGGAUGGUACUAUAAGUCAAAGGACAAGAAAACCGAGGACCUCCAUGACUGAAGACUUGUAAAAAUGGGAGUUAUCGAUACGCGACUUAUUACCUAGUAUCGUUUCUUAGUAUCUCUUGAUCUUUUGUGUUGGUUUAAUAUGAAUAAUAAGAAGAAUCACCUGGUUUGUGUGGAGCUAUAUUGGUGAUCUGGUUUCUGUCCUUGUUGGACUGGAUUGUUAUAGUGGCACAAGAGGUACUCGAGACAUGUUAUCGCAACCGCAUUUUGAUGUGCUUUUCUUCUUUCCAAAACUAUGCUUUCGUUUA